CACUGCUACAAUGAUCAACACCCCCAGAACACACCUUUCAAGAUCCAUGGGUCCUACACAUGCCCAUCAUGACAUGGGGUGUACCUCACCCAGUGCACUAAAUGCCCCAGUAACAACUACGUGGGUGAAACCAGACAAUCUCUAUGCUCUCGAAUGAACUGACACAUAAAAAUGCAAAAAGAUAAAAACGCUCUAUCACCUGUGGGUGAGCACUUUUCACAAAAUAAUCACUCUGUAUAUGAACUCUCAGUCCUCAUCCUCAAAAGAAACCUGCUCCAUACCUUCAAAAGACGAACCUGGAGGCUUAAAUUCAUAACUUUGCUAGACUCUAAAAAUCAUGGACUGAAUAGAGAUACUGAUUUUAUGGCUUAUGGUUUUAUUACAACAAUCUGUAACUCUCUAACCCCCUUUUUGUUCUAUGACUACUACAGUGGUGGUAACAGGCCACUUCACCUUGAAUGGGGCUUUGUAAGCAAUCUGUUCCACUUUACAUUUAGCUGUGACACCCUGAUUUUAGUACUUUUUCCCAGAUCUGGAGAAGAGCUCUGUGUAAGCUCGAAAGCUUGUCUCUCUCCCCAACAGAAGUUGAACCGAUAAAAGAUAUCACCCUUGUCUCUCUUGAAUAAGGAUGGCUUGACUUCAGCAUUUCUGAAGGGGCCAGUGACCUUCAAGAAGGAGACUCAUCGUGCAGGAGAAUUGUGAGAAUGUGACCUCGCUGGCAGGUGAUGUGAUGGUGAGUGAGAACGAGGAAGAGAGUCCUCAGCAGAAAAGUCUUGAGCAAGUGGAACCGCGUGGGAUAUUGCUGGGAAGACCUGAAGAGGGUAUUUUCCAAAGUUCUGAGCUGGGAGAAUCCUGUGAGACUCAAUACAGGCCAGAGGGGCAGCUGGGAAACCCCCCAGGAGAUGGACAGGGAAAAUCCAGUCACCAUGGGGGAGAUUUGGAGGACCACAAUGGGACCACAAUGCAGCUGAGAAUCAGCACUAAAGAGAAACGGCAUGAAUGUGCUGAGUGCGGGAAAAGCUUCAACCAGAGAUCAAACCUGAUUGUACAUCAGAGAGUUCACACAGGAGAGAGACCUUAUAGCUGCCCUGACUGCAGGAAAAGCUUUAAGCAGAGUUCAGACCUUCUUCGACAUCAAAGAAUUCACACAGGAGAGAGGCCCUACCGAUGUCCCAUCUGUGGGAAAAGCUUCAAUCAGAGCUCAGAACUUAGUAAACAUCAGAGAACUCACACAGGAGAGAAACCCUAUAAGUGCCCUGAGUGCGGGAAAAACUUCAAUCAGAGCUCAGAACUUGUUAAACAUCAGAGAAUUCACACAGGAGAGAGACCCUAUAGGUGCUUGGACUGUGGAGAAACCUUUAGCCAGAGCUCACACCUUAUUGUGCAUCAGAGAAUCCACACGGGAGAGAGACCCUAUAAGUGCCCCAAGUGUGGAGAAAGUUUCAGUGUGAGAUCAGUCCUUACUACACAUCAAAGGAUCCAUACAGGAGAGAAACCCUAUAAAUGCCCCGUCUGUGAAGAAAGAUUCAGUCAGGUCUCAGCCCUUAUUACACAUGAGAGAAUCCACUCCGGAGAGAGACCCUAUAAAUGCCCGGACUGCGGGAAAAGCUUCACACAGAGCUCAGCCCUAAUUCGACAUCAGAGAACCCACAUGGGAGAGACACCCUAUAAAUGCCUAGACUGUGGGAAAAGCUUCAAGGCGAAGGUCUCUCUAAUGUCCCACCAGAAACUGCACACAGGAUAGAAGGUGUCGGGAGCUUUCCCUGCAGGGCAAUGGGUCUGUGCCCUCCUGAAGCAAA